CUGACCUAACUGGUAUUCGACACAGAGGAGCGGGAAGAAUUAUGGCAGCAAAGACCAAGUCAACCAUCUAUGAGGGCAGUGCUGCCCGAGUUUUUCAGUUCUAUCUGCAAAAUUCGGACGAGCACACAGCUGUUGUCCGUUUUCUCGAGGAGCACCUCCCAGGGGAGUUCAAGAGAAUGGUAGCAGAUAAAAACGAGCUGGCUGUUCUCGGUGUGGGAAGUGGUGGAGGCGAGGUGGAUGUCCAGAUCCUGUCUCUCUUACAGUCCAUCUUUCCCACUCUUCCAAUCACCGUCGACAUUGUCGAUGGAAGCGUUGAACUGCUUGCCAACUUCAAAGCAUUGGUAGCAAAGACUGAAAACCUUCAGAAGACUCCAUUCACUUGGCAUGUUAUGUCAAGUGAGGAUUACAGAAAGCAAAUCAAAGACGUGAAGAAAUAUGACUUCAUUCACCUGAUUCAGAUGAUUUACUUCGUUGAUGACCUGACAGAAAGUAUCAAAUUCUAUCACAGCAUUCUCAAGAAGAACGGCAGCCUUGUGAUCAUAAUAGAAAAAACCGGUCAUAGCUGGGACACCCUGUGGAGGACUUCAGAGGAGCUGGAGGACGAGGAGACCCCUCGGUAUCGCUCAUCCGAAGAUGUCCUGGCCUCCCUGAAGACUCUGGGUCUGAAAUACGAAGAGUAUUCCAUUCCCACCACCUUUGACAUCACCGAGUGCUUUGAUCCAAACAGCGAGACCGGACAGCGUCUGCUUUGUUACCUUACCGAAACGGAUGAUUUUUACCAGUCGUUCACGCCACAAAUAAGAGCUGACAUACUGAACCUUAUCAGGAGCAAGUGUAGCACUGAAAAAGAUGGCAAGAUACUUUUCGACAAUUGUUUGAGUUGUAUGAUUGUGCAUGCUUGAAUUAGUCCUCUGGAGUGAUAAGCACCAUUAAUCAGCUCACUUAAAAAGAAAACUGACCUGUCGCCCCUAUCCGCUUUUAGUCUGCAAAAAGUGUUCAGUUGAAUGUAGUGCACUCUGCUAAACUAAACCGUAUUUCAGUAAUAAAGUAGUAUUUUUGUGUAACCAUGUACAUUUAACAUGUACAACUCAAUUGAAAAAAAUACAUAAAUUUAGAGAGGGCAUGUAAAGAAAAACAUCUGAAAUAAGGCCUGUGCAUGCUCUUCUAAUUGGGAAUAUAUCCAGAAUAACUAACCACAUUCAAACUCAUAGUUAAAUGGGAGCCACCGCAUGCCUUUCUACAUUUUAAUUGCCUCUGAAUAACACUAAUAGAUUUCUGCUGUUCUAAUAGGCUUUUCCUGACCUUGUUUCUCUUUCUUGCAUGAAAUUAAAGAGUUGUUCAAA